UUUCUUUUGCUAUUUAGGUGGAAACCCAAGAAUAUUCUUGGAUUUCAUAGCUCUGUACACCCAAAGGUCCUGGUCAAGUUGUUGUCUUCUAGCUGUCUUGCUCUAGUGCUUUCUGCCUCCCCUACAUCCCCUACCAAACUCGUCUCAGUCGUUGAAGAACAGUCACCACCACCUGACUAGUCCAAGUACAAGGGGCAUGCCAUGUCCAGGGCCUGCAGGUGAUUGGCCAUGGGGGCAGGGUAGGCUUGACUAGUUGCUGAUUUCCUUUCAGCUCCGCUUGGACCAUGUUACUGAGUGUAGGAAGAGGACUGUGAGACCCUGGCUGAGAGCCAGCAGGAAGCCACUUGUGUGCACCUGCCCAGCUGAGUGGCAGCCCAGAGCCCAGGAGCAGCAGCUGGCUGCAGAGCACAGACACAGUGAGGAUGAGCGUGAUGGGGAGCACUUCAGCUCCCCACCCAACCUCAAAUACGAAUGUGGUCGUCCCCACCUUCUCUGUCGUGGACUAUGUGGUGUUUGCCCUGCUGCUACUUCUCUCCCUGGCCAUUGGACUCUACCAUGCUUGUCGUGGUUGGGGCCGCCACACUGUUGGCCAUUUGCUGAUGGCAGACCGCAAGAUGAGCUGCCUUCCUGUGGCACUGUCCCUGCUUGCCACCUUCCAGUCAGCUGUGGCCAUCCUGGGUGCACCAUCUGAGAUCUUCCGAUUUGGGACUCAGUAUUGGUUCCUGGGCUGCUCUUACUUCCUAGGGUUGCUGAUUCCUGCCCACGUUUUCAUCCCUGUCUUCUACCGCCUGCAUCUUACCAGUGCCUACGAGUACCUGGAACUCCGAUUCAAUAAAGCAGUAAGAGUUUGUGGAACUGUGACUUUCAUCUUUCAGAUGGUGAUCUACAUGGGGGUUGUACUCUAUGCUCCAUCCUUGGCCCUCAAUGCAGUGACGGGCUUUGAUCUGUGGCUGUCAGUGCUGGCCUUAGGCAUUGUGUGCACCAUCUACACUUCGCUGGGUGGGCUGAAGGCCGUCAUCUGGACAGAUGUGUUCCAGACACUGGUCAUGUUCCUAGGGCAGCUGGCGGUUAUCAUCGUGGGGUCAGCCAAAGUGGGUGGCUUGGGGCGUGUAUGGGAUGUGGCUUCACAGCAUGGCCUCAUCUCUGGGAUUGAGCUGGAUCCUGACCCCUUUGUGCGGCAUACCUUCUGGACCUUGGCCUUUGGAGGUGUCUUCAUGAUGCUCUCCUUAUACGGGGUGAACCAGGCGCAGGUGCAGCGUUACCUCAGUUCCCGAACGGAGAGGGCUGCUGUGCUCUCCUGCUAUGCUGUGUUCCCCUGCCAGCAGGUGGUCCUCUGCAUGAGCUGCCUCAUUGGCUUAGUCAUGUUUGCCUAUUACCAGAAGUAUCCCAUGAGUACCCAGCAGUCUCAGGCAGCCCCUGACCAGCUUGUCCUCUACUUUGUGAUGGAUCUUCUGAAAGACCUUCCAGGCCUGCCUGGGCUGUUUGUUGCCUGCCUCUUCAGUGGCUCCCUCAGCACCAUAUCGUCUGCGUUUAAUUCACUGGCAACUGUUACAAUGGAAGACCUGAUUCAACCUUGGUUCCCUGAGUUCUCUGAAACCCGGGCCAUCAUGCUUUCCAGAAGCCUUGCCUUUGGCUAUGGGCUACUUUGUCUGGGAAUGGCCUUUAUUUCCUCCCAUAUGGGACCCGUGCUGCAGGCAGCAAUCAGCAUCUUUGGCAUGGUUGGGGGACCACUGCUGGGACUCUUCUGCCUUGGGAUGUUCUUUCCUUGUGCCAACCCACCUGGUGCCAUUGUGGGCCUGCUGGCUGGACUCAUCAUGGCCUUCUGGAUUGGCAUUGGGAGCAUAGUGACCAGCAUGGGCUCUGGUGUGCCACUUUCUUCCUUUAAUGGGUCCCUGCCCAGCAAUGUGACCGCUGCCACUGUGACCACCCUGAUGUCCUCCACCACCCUCUCCAAGCCUACAGGACUGCAGCAGUUCUAUUCCCUGUCCUAUUUAUGGUACAGCGCUCACAACUCCACCACAGUCAUUGUGGUGGGCCUGACUGUCAGUCUGCUUACUGGAGGAAUGCGGGGCCGGUCCCUGAACCCCAAGACCAUUUACCCUGUGCUUCCAAAACUCCUUGGACUUCUGCCCUUGUCCUAUCAGAAGCGGCUUUGCUGCCGAAGCUACAGCCAGGAUGUCCCCAUGGACACGGACCUGUUUCCAGAGAAGAUGAAGAAUGGGGUGUUGCAGGACAGCAGGGAGAAGGAGGCAAUGGCUGAGGAUGGCUCAGUCCACCAGGGAUGUAGCCCCACCUUCAUUGUCCAAGAGACCUCCCUAUGAUGGGGAAUCAGGCCCUCCAGCCUCUGUCCUUGCUGCCAGGAAGCAGCCAGAGGUCACCCUGUUGUGCAGGGAUAAGUCACUUGAUGUGGUGGGAAUGGGUUGGGAUGACUUAGCUCACACACACCGGAGGAUUGUGUUCUUCAAGAUUCUUGCUUGUUGUGGAACUUGUUACAUCUUUGGUGGGAGAGUAGUCAGGGUUUUUCCUGUCCCUUGCCAGUCUUUGUUCUUGAGGACAGGGAUUGCAAGUGAUGGAAUUGUGUCAGAAAUGGGGAUAGAAGUGAGCCUCUGGGAAAAGGAUAAUGGCUUCUGAUGUCCUUUGGAGUGAUUAGAAGCAGCACUUUGUAUUACAGCUGCCCUGGGGCCCAAUUUGGCAAGAUUGACCUCUACCAUAGAGGCUACCUUGCCCAAAGGAUUCUUCCUUUCCCAUCCCAUCUCAGCACUUACUGUCAGCCACAGUGAGCACUGUGAUUCAGGUUGUCUAUGAUGCAGCAACCUGUGAUUCAGGUUGUCUGUGACAUUCAAGUCCCUCUCAUUCUUCUCUGCCUACCUCCAUUCUUGAUAGCAGACAAAUUUUCCAUGUCUCAGACCCCCCACCCUCCACCUGUAAGAUGAGCACCGAGGUGCUGGGCAAAUGUGGAUCUAAGGAACCAAUGCUGUGACCAGGUCUUCUGUGGAAUGUGCUAUCCUCCCAACUCCUGAGCCAGGCCAUCUUGGUGUCAUUCUGUUAUCCGUGCUCCUAUUUCCUUUUGGAGUUUCUUCCUUACAUCUUUGUUCCUAGGGAAUAAAAAUGGCUGUUAGAUCUAGAGUCUGGACUCCUGUACUGUACUCUCCAGUAGUUGGGAUUGCAGGUGUGAGCCACGGGCACCUGGCUCUGGAAAGUAAAUUUGAAGGCCACAUAUGUGUCCACUAAUACUAGCACAUUUCAGACAUGCCUGAAUGAGAUUUCAAAGAGAAUUGAGGAGAAUAUCCCCAGGGUUUAGUUUGCUGAAGUAGGACAGAAGUGAAUCUACGUAGAAACCAGAUGAAUAGAUUGUAAGUCAUCACUCAUGCAUGGGGAUUAGUUCCUGGACACCCCUUUGAUAACCAAAAUUCUUGGAUGCUCAAGUCCCUUAUAUAAAAUGCUGUAGAAUUUGCAUAGA